AAUAUUGAUAAUUUUGUAAUUUUGGUGUGGUGAAUUUAAUCAAUAAUAAAAAAAAAUUUGCUGCAAAAGUAUUUUAAAAUUGUGUAAAAACAAAUAAUACAUCAACAUCUAAUUUUAUUUGUAGUGCACCUGCUGUGGUUUGUGCGGCGCCCGGUACAAUGGCGACUAUAUCAUUUGCUAAAAGUUUGGUUAACCCAGCUCUCAAGUUAGUUUUAAAACAGAGCCAGUGUUCACACAUACGAUGCACCAGCUUGCCCGCCUUGACGCCACUAAGUAUCAUACUAAGAAGGAACUAUGCUGAGAAACAGGUGUUUGAGAGGAAUAAACCACAUUGCAAUGUGGGUACAAUCGGGCAUGUUGACCACGGCAAAACAACUUUAACCGCUGCCAUCACCAAAGUAUUAUCUGAUCUCAAUUUGGCCCAGAAGAAAGGCUAUGCAGAUAUUGACAAUGCCCCAGAAGAGAAGGCUCGUGGUAUUACCAUCAAUGUGGCUCAUGUUGAAUAUCAGACUGACAAAAGGCAUUAUGGCCACACAGACUGCCCUGGACACGCUGACUAUAUUAAGAACAUGAUCACAGGCACAGCCCAGAUGGAUGGAGCAAUCCUCGUAGUUGCAGCCACCGAUGGAGUUAUGCCUCAAACUAGAGAACAUUUGCUACUCGCCAAGCAAAUUGGUAUAGAGCACGUAGUAGUGUUCAUCAAUAAAGUUGACGCAGCUGACCAGGAGAUGGUGGAACUGGUGGAGAUGGAGAUCCGAGAGCUGAUGUCGGAAAUGGGUUACGACGGUGAUAAAAUACCUGUUGUCAAAGGUUCAGCAUUAUGUGCAUUGGAGGGAAAGAGUCCGGAAAUCGGGGCGGAAGCUAUCACCAAACUACUUGAAGAGGUGGACAGUUUCAUUCCAACCCCGGUACGAGAGCUGGACAAGCCGUUCCUGUUGCCUGUAGAGUCAGUGCAUUCAAUCCCCGGCCGUGGAACUGUGGUUACUGGCCGUUUAUACAGAGGUGUUUUGAAAAAGGGAACAGAAUGUGAAAUAGUUGGUCACGGAAAGACAAUGAAAACAACUGUGACUGGUGUUGAAAUGUUCCACAAGACUCUAGAAGAAGCUCAGGCAGGUGACCAACUAGGAGCUUUAGUGCGUUCUAUCAAAAGGGAGCAGAUCAAACGAGGCAUGGUUAUGGCUAAACCUGGUACUGUGAAAGCUCAUGAUAGUUUUGAUGCAGCUGUCUAUAUCUUGAGCAAGGAAGAGGGCGGUCGUGCUAAGCCUUUCACAUCGUUCAUUCAGCUGCAAAUGUUCUCUAUGACGUGGGACUGCGCCACUCAAGUCACUAUCCCUGAUAAAGAAAUGGUUAUGCCUGGGGAAGAUUCUACUUUGCAGUUGAGGCUCCUGAAACCCAUGGUCUGUGAAACUGGUCAACGCUUCACUCUUCGACUUGGAGAUAUUACUUUGGGAACUGGUGUCAUCACCAAACUCAACAAAAACCUCACCGAGGAAGAAAGGUUGAAACUAUUGGAGGGAAAGAAGGCAAGGGAGAAGGCUUCAGCCAAGAAGUAAAUUAUUAUUAUUAUUAGUUAAGAUUAGAAUUGUAGAUAACUUGUAUGUACGCAUUUAAUUAAAAGAAAAAUAAACGCUAAAAUA